GCAACAUGGCGGCCACGGAGGACGAGCGGCUGGUCGGGAGUGGGGAAGGAGAGCGGCUGGAUUUCCUCCGGGACCGGCACGUGCGGUUCUUCCAGCGCUGCCUCCAGGUCUUGCCGGAGCGCUAUUCUUCCCUCGAGACCAGCAGGUUGACAAUUGCAUUUUUUGCGCUCUCCGGGCUGGAUAUGUUGGAUUCCUUAGAUGUGGUGAACAAAGAUGAUAUAAUAGAGUGGAUUUACUCCCUGCAGGUCCUUCCCACAGAAGACAGAUCAAAUCUAAAUCGCUGUGGUUUCCGAGGCUCUUCAUACCUCGGUAUUCCAUUCAAUCCAUCAAAGAAUCCUGGAACAGCUCAUCCUUAUGAUAGUGGCCACAUAGCAAUGACCUACACUGGCCUUUCAUGCUUAGUUAUUCUUGGAGACGACCUAAGCCGAGUAAAUAAGGAAGCUUGCUUAGCAGGCUUGAGAGCCCUUCAGCUGGAAGAUGGAAGUUUUUGUGCAGUACCUGAAGGCAGUGAAAAUGACAUGCGAUUUGUAUACUGUGCUUCCUGUAUUUGCUAUAUGCUCAACAACUGGUCCGGCAUGGAUAUGAAAAAAGCCAUCACCUAUAUUAGGAGAAGUAUGUCCUAUGACAAUGGGUUGGCACAGGGAGCUGGACUUGAAUCUCAUGGAGGAUCCACUUUUUGUGGCAUUGCAUCACUAUGUCUGAUGGGUAAACUAGAAGAAGUUUUUUCAGAAAAAGAAUUGAACAGGAUAAAGAGGUGGUGUAUAAUGAGGCAACAAAAUGGUUACCAUGGAAGACCUAAUAAGCCCGUAGACACCUGUUACUCUUUUUGGGUGGGAGCAACUCUAAAGCUUCUGAAAAUUUUCCAAUACACUAACUUUGAGAAAAAUAGAAAUUACAUCUUAUCAACUCAAGAUCGCCUUGUAGGGGGAUUUGCCAAGUGGCCAGAUAGUCAUCCAGAUGCUUUGCAUGCGUACUUUGGGAUCUGUGGCCUGUCACUAAUGGAGGAAAGUGGAAUUUGUAAAGUUCAUCCUGCCCUGAAUGUAAGCACACGGACUUCUGAACGCCUUCGAGAUCUCCAUCAGAGCUGGAAAACCAAGGACUCUAAACAAUGCUCAGAGAAUGUCCACAUCUCCACAUGACUGUCUUUAGGUUGGGAGGGUGGGGGGAUUUGUAGCAUAACUGUAGCUCAAGGUUAAAAGCCAUGUAUAACCAAGUGUGCUCUUUUUUUAAGAGGUAGAGUCUUACAA